AUGUGUGAUUUUAAUAAUCAACAAAUAAAAUUGAUUGAUUUUGGUUUUGCAACAAUAUUUGAAAACAAUGAAAUAACAAAACCGUUACCUAUUCGAGGAGCUAUUUCACUUGGUAACCUAAAAUUACUGAAAUUUUGUUCUGAAUUACCAUUGGAUUCAUCAUCUGAUAUACAUUAUGAAUAUGAACGAACAUUUGAUCUUUAUUGUGCAUUAAAUGUCAUUAUCAUUAUGACAGAUAGAUAUAUAAAUGAUCAAUUCUGUGCAAUUGAACAAAAACAACUACCAACAUAUCAAAAUAAAAUAUUAAAUAUAUAUCAUUUUUGGUUGAAUUUAAAAGAGAAAAAUAUAGUUUAUUCGAAAUUAUUAGAAUCAAUUGACAAUUUAAAAGAAACAUCAUAUUUUGAUAUUAUUAUAAAUGAUUUAGGAAAAUUUCCUAUAUUUAACAAUUAA